GCGACUCUCGAUCGUGCUUCGAAUGUGUCAUUAACAGAACAGUUCAUCCCUUCAUCGAUCGCAACUCAUUCGUUCCCGAUCGAUUAUUCCUGGAACACAAUAUCAAAAUGUCGGAGGAAGCAGCAGAGAUAGCUCUCUUGCACCAAAUGCAGCAGGCUGGGCAAGAUGGCGGCGCGUGGAAGAAUGAUGAUGCAACUGGGGCCGCAGAGGGCGAGUCACCAUCAAAUACUGAGAAUAACAAGCAAGAAGAAGUCAAAAGAGAAAUUGUUGCAGAUGAUCAAGUUCUUCGUGCUUUAUCUCCUUCGGGCGCUGGUGCUGUUUCCAGUGGUGGCGACGAUUAUGAUCCGUCUUCUGUUACUUCACUUCCAGCCAUCACAAUUGCAGGGCAGGAAGAUUCAAGGUCGAGUUCGAGAGCAUCAGCUCGGAAGCCGAAGACCGUUGGAGGCUUCAUCGCCGAUGACUCUGAUGAAGAGUACGAUGCAUCAACACCAAUACAAGCUGGUCUCCAAAUUCCAACAGGUCAAACUUCUAACCGCGCAAUGUCCCCUUCCCCACUCCAGACUUCUGUCUCUCAGCAAGACCUGCAGAGCGAACCAACGAAUCAAGGUGAUUCAGAGGCCGCACAAUCUUCAUAUGCUCUUCCUGUGAACUCAAGUACUGUUGGAGUCCCUUCUGUGCCAACUCCGACUGCACAGGUGCCUAAUUCUACAGUCCCUCCAAUUCAAGUCUCAUCUGUCGCAAAGGCACGAUUACCUCAUGACAAAACUGGCAUUCUUGAAGACCGAAUCAAGGAGGAUCCCCGCGGUGAUGUGGACGCUUGGAUGUCUCUCAUCGCUGAACAUCGUAGACGCAACAAGAACGACGAUGCUCGAGCUGUAUAUGAGCGCUUCUUCAAAGUCUUCCCCCAAGCUGCCGAGAUGUGGGUGCAAUACAUAGAGAUGGAACUUGAGCUCGAUAAUUUCGGCGCCGCAGAGAACAUCUUCGGUAGAUCCCUAUUGACAGUUCCCAAUGUCCAACUUUGGUCAACGUAUCUCAACUACAUUCGACGUAGGAACGACUUGACGAACGAUGUGACCGGUACAGCCAGAUCGACAAUUUCUCAGGCAUACGAUUUCGUUCUUGCAAAUAUUGGCAUCGACAAAGACUCUGGUAAGAUUUGGCACGAGUAUAUCCAGUUCAUCCGCAGCGCUCCUGGUCAAAUUGGAGGUGGUAGUUGGCAAGAUCAGCAAAAGAUGGAUCAACUACGAAAGGCGUAUCAGCGUGCAAUCAUGGUCCCAAUGUCUGCUUUGAAUGCAUUGUGGAAGGACUAUGAUCAGUUUGAGAUGCAACUGAACAAGACGACUGGCCGAAAAUUCCUCCAAGAGAAAUCCCCUGGAUACAUGACUGCUCGAAGUGCGAACAACUUAUUGGAAAAUUUGACUCGGGGACUGGUCAGAACAACCCUCCCUCGACUCCCGCCUAUGCUUGGAUUCGAAGGCGACCAGGAUUAUUUGCAGCAAGUUGAACUAUGGAAGAAAUGGCUUGCUUGGGAGCAAGACGAUCCUCUAGUUCUGAAAGACGACGACGUCCAGUCAUACAAACAAAGAAUGCUAUAUGUUUAUAAGCAAGCUGUCAUGGCACUGAGAUUCUGGCCUGAAACGUGGGUUGAUGCUGCUGAGUGGUGCUAUAGCAAUGGCCUGGACAAGGAUGGCGAUUCUUUUCUGGUAGACGGAGUUGCUGCAAACCCAGAGAGCUGUCUUGUGGCUUUCAAAAGAGCCGAUCGACUUGAGUCUACCUUGUCAGUGACUGAGGCAGACAAAAGCCUUGCUGAGCGAGGCGACAUUGUUCGCGCUCCUUUCGACCAAUUACUUUCGACAUUAUAUGAGCUGAUCGACAAACUGAAGGAUCGCAAAGUCAAGGAUCUUGCUAAGCUUGAUGAGUCGGAUGCUAUUGAUGCAACUAUCAGUGCGAUCAUCAGCAGGGCAGAGGCUGAUGAUGACGAAGAGGAUGCUGCAGCGAAGGACGCCAAGGCAGCACAAAAGGCCACCCAAACCAAAGCCAUUCAAGAUGGUUAUGCUAUGCAAACUGAGCUUCUAUCUCGAACGAUCUCAUUUGUAUGGAUUGCUCUCAUGCGUGCCAUCCGCCGUGUACAAGGCAAGGGGAAUCCUAAAGGCGACGUAGGAGGAUCACGACAGAUUUUCACCGAUGCCAGAAAGAAAGGGAGAGUCACAAGCGACGUGUACGUGGCCGCUGCUUUGAUCGAACACCAUGUCUAUAAGGACCCAGCCGGUACGAAGAUAUUCGAGCGUGGUGCCAAGUUGUUCCCGGAAGAUCCGAAUUUCACUCUGGAAUAUCUUAAGCAUUUGCUAUCGAUUGGUGACACCACAAAUGCUCGUGUUACGUUCGAGCAAGUUGUCAACCGCUUAACCCAAAAACCAGAGUUGUUGCCCAAGGCAAAACCUCUCUACGCCUACUUUCAUAAGUACGAAUCACAAUAUGGCGAGCUUUCUCAGAUAAGCAAGUUGGAGCAACGAAUGGCAGAGGUGUUUCCAGAGGACCCAAAACUUCUUCGUUUUGCAUCACGAUAUAACUCAGAAGGAUUUGAUCCUACUGCUGUUCGUCUCAUCAUCUCACCCUCUACACAAAUGCGUCCCAAGACCCUCAUGCAAUCAAUCGAAGGACAGCCAUCAAUGCCGCACAGCCCAGUUUACAUGCCAGAGGCCAGCCGUAGUCCUAGGCCCGUACCUAUGCCAUUGCAUGCUACCAAUUCACCUAAGAGACCUUUCCCCGUUGAAGAGCUGGAAAACGAGCUUAAUCCUCCUCGAAAGCUUGCACGUGGAGCCUCUCCCUUGAAAGGUGCUGCUGGACGCCGACUGGAUCAACAGAAGCGAUUACAGGGCACUCCAGGCCAUGCUCCACCUUUUGUCGUGCCUCGCGACAUAACCUUCCUCCUCAAUAUUAUCCCGCCAGCUUCCACAUAUAAUUCAACAAAGUUCAAGCCGGACGCUAUAGUGCGGCUCUUGCGAGAGACGAUUGUCCCCGACUUCAAGACUUGGAAGCUUGCCCGCGACCAAUCAGAGCCUCCACCGCAACGAUACGAUGGUAGGCGCUCCCAAAAUCAAGCUCCCGGUCCCAGUCCUACACAGAAUUACCAGCCUCUUCAGUAUGGUGGCCAAAAUGGUAGCUGGCCUGCACAAGGCGCAGCUGGAUUUCCUGCUCCCUAUGCUGCUUCUCCUGUCGUGACUCACGAGCGUGAUCCGUAUCCGGCGGCGUCUGGCCUUCCGCCUCGUCCAAUAUUCCAACCAUCCGUUCCAGAACCAAGUAGGUCUGGAUAUUACCCGGUGGAUGACGCUUCUCGUGGUGGUACGAAGCCUGACAUCCCUCCUCAGCUGUGGACUGCUGCUAGUUGGUAUCCUUAGCUAACUUGCGUGUGGUAGGCUAUUAUGGUCGAUAGGUGAUUCUUCUUUGCCGAUGAGACUCGACACUACGGUUGGAGUUUCUCUGGCUGCUGGAUUCCUCUUCCUGGAUGAAGCUUUUUCGACUAAUUAUGGGUCUUAAUGGGGAAAAUAAGUCGGAAGUUCAGCGUGGACGCUGAACGAGGAAAACAUUGGUCACUAUAUUCUGGUAUGCCUCGGUCGGCACGUCUUUUCUUUAGCACUUUAGCACGGAAAAUGGAACAAGUGGGGAUGGCUCGUUCUGCCAAGGGUAGGCGGAUAUAUCCUCGAAUGCAUGCAGCAUGGCGUUAACGGUGGUCUUUUGCAAACAGCAACGCUGCUCUAGGAUGUAUCAUAGAUGAAAACAAUGCACCAGACC